AUGGGCAGGAAAAAGAAGAAGGCAUCGAAACCUUGGUGCUGGUAUUGUAACAGGGAAUUCGAUGAUGAGAAAAUUCUGAUUCAACAUCAAAAAGCGAAACAUUUUAAAUGCCACAUCUGUCACAAGAAGUUGUAUACGGGACCAGGACUAUCGAUUCACUGCAUGCAGGUUCACAAAGAAGCCAUAGAUAAAGUACCUAAUUCUUUACCUAAUAGAUCAAAUAUUGAAAUUGAAAUCUAUGGAAUGGAAGGUAUACCCCCUGAAGAUAUUAAGGAGCAUGAGAGGCAAAAGACAGGUGGCGGUAAGGUGUCUGACAGUGAUGACGAUGAACCUGCAGCAAAGAAAAAGGCUACAGCAGCACUUUUGGGGCCAGGACCAUCAACCUUAACUCCAGGAAUUUUACCAACCCCAAUGGGUCCUGUACCUCCUGGAAUGUAUCCAGGGCCAAUGGGGAUGAAUCAUAUGAUGCCACAUUUCAUGCAACAGAGAAUGAUGAUGCCAGGCAUGAGGCCUUUGUUCCCUGCUGCAAGUGUAGCUGUCUCGACACCCAGUAAACCUACCUUUCCUGCAUAUAGCAAUGCCACAAUAAGCGCACCACCCACAACAUCAACAUCCUCUGAACUAAGAGAGAAUGGAGAUGUCAAACCUCCAGCAGCCAACACUUGUCCACUGGUCACAGCCACAGGCGCUGGAUCCAAGAUAAUUCAUCCACCAGAAGAUGUAUCUUUAGAAGAAAUUAAAGCGAGAAAUGCUAAAUUUAGGCCAAAACCGAAACCCGAUGCUCCAAGCACGCCAGUUUCCGCUCCGCCUAUGAUUGCUCCUAGUACCAGCCAGGCUGAACCCGCAAAAUCAGCAUCAGCACCGAUCGUAAAGCUCAACUUCCAGGUGGCCGCUCACAUGUCAGCAGCCGUGGCGGCUGCUCGCCAGCAGGCAAUGCGUCGACCGAUGCCCAUGGGUAUGAUGGGUAUGCUUGGGCAGGUGCGAGUACCCGUCCCGGUAUCCAUGCCCGUUCCAGUCCUGCCCGUCAUGCAACAGUUCAACCUCAUGCGGCCAAUACAACCCGGUAUGCUGCUGCCCGGCGGGAUGAUGCAAAUGGGCGCCAUGUUCCCUGGUGGGGUUCCGGGAUUACCCAUGAUGCAGCCGCGAUAUCGGUAG